AUGAUUCGAACGCCGCAGACACUGGACCUGGGAGCUCUGCUAGUCUUGGGCGUUUGUGCUAAAUAUAUCGUGGUGAAAUUAAUGACACACUACCAUUCGGCAUUUGUUGUCUUUGAUGACUCGGUCAAGGACACCUUUGGUGCCUCUCUACGCCUAGAGCUGUUACAUGAAAACGCAGAGUAUCCAUUCGCGCAUGAGGCGGGUGUCUUUAUUAAUCCAGACCGUGUGCCCAUGGCCAAUGGGGGCGUGAAUUACAAGGCCGGCGUGUUAUUCGGCGCCCAGCGAACACAAGGUCAUCCAGGAGGUCUCGCAUUCAUGGCAUCUAGACCAUCCUAUACGUCUCAUCUAAUGCUUAGCUCCUUUUACGGAAGAACUUUAAACUCGGUAAACGACGUAGUCACUCACUCAGACGGCUCAAUCCGGUUCACCGAUUCCAUCUAUGGAUUUGAGCAAGAUUCUUUUGCUUUCGACAUUGUCAAUUACUCUGGCCACCCAUUCUUGACCAAUAGACGCGUAUUCGCCAUGGCAGAUACUGGCAUCCCGGAUGGCAAAUGUAAUGUUCACGGGAACGUGUAUAGCGGCUGUGGCGACGGAAUCAACAUAUGGUCAGCGAGCGGUGUUUUGCUGGGGGAAAUCAUCGUAGACGGCGUUGCCGACUUCUGUUUCAGGUGUGAGGGCAUAAUAUACAUUUUGAAUGAGCAUCGCUUGUGGCGGGCACGAUUCGCAUAUUCUACGAAAGGUGUACUGCUUGGUGUAUAG